GGCGACCUCAAACACAGCCAUCUCACCAUCAUCGCCACCAGAAGCAGUCUCCAACUAUUCACACACGAUUCUCAUCCUUUCAUAGUAACUCCAGCCGCCAUGGUCCAGAUCGCAGUAGUGGGUGGCAACUCCGGCCUUGCCCUUGAAGUCAUUGAAGAGCUUGUGCGGGACAAGAAGCACGACGUUCUCGCAAUCUGUCGCAAGGAUCCGAGCCAGUUUAUCCAGAGAGACACCUUGACAUGGGUGCAGGUCCCUGACUUUCAGGAUCGGUCUCGUAUGGUGUCACUCUUCCAAGAUAUCGAUGUCGUCCUCAACUUCAUCGCGGAUCCAACGGAUUCGGAUGGGGCUCUGGGCAAGACCCUGGCCGAUGCGGCCGUUGAAGCUGGCGUCAAACGCUACGCGCCGAGCGAAUGGGCAACUGGACAGGGAGUUCAGGGGGUCAUUGAUCGUUUGCCCUGGUAUCAGGGCAAAACCGAGGUCUACAAACAUCUCCAGGCGAUGAACAAGGACAAAAAGGUGCUCGAGUACUGCCUCUUUCAGCCCGGCUACAUUCUCGAGUACAUCACUCAUCCAGUACCGACUACGCGACACAUGCCCACCAUGUGGAUACCUUUCCAGCUGAGCAAGUCCCGCAUCGUCGCCGUUAAAGGCUCUGAGGAUGCGCCUUUUGUCUUGACAUCGGUCAAAGAUAUUGCACGACUUGUGCGGUUGGCAAUCGAGGAUCAGAGGCCUUGGCCCGAAAUCGGAGGCUUCACUGGGAAUCGAUACACUACGAGGCAGCUGCAGGAGGUUGCCACCAAAGUAUUAGGCAGGGAAAUCAGCUUGGAGCUGGUUCGGGAGACAGACCUUGCGUCCGGGGAGCUGAAGGUUGAGAUGCCGGAGGUGGUCCAUGCAAGCAUUCCGGAAGCUCAUCGACAGGCGUUCCACACCAAGCUCUGGAUUGGACUGCUCAGUGGGAUUGCGUAUGGCGCUAUCAACGUGACGGACGAGUGGAACCAGCGCCUGCCGGACUUUGUCCCCAUGAAGCUUGAGGAUCACAUCCAAGUCCUGUUGAAGUAGGAUACUUAGGUAGUCUUUUCGAGUAGUCCUUCCUUAUUCUACCAGAUCUACAUCCG